AUGACAUAUCAGCACCUUGUUCAUCAGCCAAUGCGUAACCUUGGUCUGACAGCCUACGGCACCAUGACUGGCUCCGGUCCAGGUGGCACGCGAAUCCUGCGUGCCGGC